AUAUGUUAGGGUUUCAUAUCUAUGAAGUGUUGUUCUUUUUCUCUAUAUAGUAUAUUUUCUCUACAACAAAAUGCUGAACGGUCCUUGUCACUCACAGCUGCUGUGCCUGAGAAACGUUUGAGAUUUAAAACGACAACAGAUGCCUCAGAAAAGCAAGUUAUUGAUGCCAUGCAGAAAAUAGCUUCACAUAUAAAGAACCCAUCAAAGUUCAAUAAGGCUUCGAAGCUUGCUAUACAGCUGGUUCAGUCUGGUAGUAUUAAGCAUGCAACUGCUGAUCACUUCUUUGCUAUACUUGAAGCUGCAAUGUCGUCUUUGACUACUUGUAAUGAACCCCAUUUACAAGCUGACUAUCAUGCACUCUUCUUGGCAGCUCAAGAUGCAGCUGACGUCCUCAACAAGAAGCAGAAAAAUCUUUUAAGUGGAUGGAUAAUUAGGGCUGUCUGGGCAAACGACCUGUUCACAGAUGACAGCUUUGUAGUAAGUUUAUUCACUCUUCGAUUAUUAUAUUUAGUACAUGGAUGCGAUUUGAAUUGUAUGAUACUUUGCAACAAGAAAUGUCGGAGUUAUUCAUUUAGAUUUUUAAUUACUGUCACAUGUAGUAGUUACUCAUCUGUUAUGCUCUUAAUCGUUGUUUAAUUGUGUUAUAUUAUCUUCACUUGGAAUAAUCCAUGUGUAGUUUUACAUGUUCAGACAGAUUAUCAUCUGCCCUACAAAUGUGGUAGAUAAUUUAGGUUUCUUUGGCUACAGGCAUUGAUUGCUUUACACUUAUAGUUUUA